AUGUCGACCCAGUCAAGCGCCGGUGUUCCCUUCUCCAUCGCCGCUGACCUGCAACCAUGUCGCCUGCUCGAGCUCCCUCCAGACCUACUCGACUACCUCAGCACAUCCGACGCGCCUUCCCUCAGCUUCAAAGCCAAAGACGCGACAGACCCUGAAGCCUUCCUCACCACCCAAGACAAGACCUAUCUCAUCCGCCAGGUCCACACCUCCAACACCGUCUAUAUCACCACUCCUUCGCUCGAUGCCUCUGGUACCACUGCCAUCUCUCAAUGCGGCUCCGCUCUUGAAUGCCUGCCUGCACCCACCCGUCAUGCCGCAUCCACUCUUCGUUCCCUCUUGAUCUCCUUCGCCGAACCCCAGGACGCAGACAUACGCUCGUCGGACCCACGAUCAAAACAUCAUGUCUUUGCGCAAACCCCCAUGAGUCAUGGCGAGUGCCAGGAUGUAUGGAAGCAUCUCGUCGCCUUUGAGCACGCCGGUCAGAGCUUCCGUCCUACCGCUGCUGCCCUUGUAAAAGUGUGGAAAUGGUUACUGGAAAUUGCAUACGCUCAUGCCGUCAACCUGGCUGCUCCUAUACAGAAAGAGUCGAUCGACAGGAUGCUUGACGGAGAAGAUGAAUGGCCGAGGAGUCUAGUUGACGCUAUUCUCCUGAAGCUUUCCGAGCACGGUCAAGAGUCGUUAAAUCUCCAGCAACAAGCUACAGUCAAGUUUGUGGGUCACAAUUUGCUGGAGAGCCGCCAUCAGAGCCAUGCAGAACAGUCUACUAUGGAGAAGUCGGCUUUCUUGGAUGCCUGGAAGGACGCUCUUCCCGAAGCGUGGAGAGCUCAGACUACCCUUGAUAUACUCAAGGCAGGCGGCAAGCGCAUCGAAUUUGCACCCGAGAUGGUCGCAGUCGCAGAAGAAACCACCACCGGCGCCACCAAACCAGCUGCGAAAGCCACUGCCGGAAAACGAAAAUGGCACGAAAAGUUCGCUGCCGCAAGAAAGCAAGGCAAGCCGUCUUGA